AUGUCCCACUCUGCCUCAUUCAUGUCUGGCGCGUCCCCAGUAGAGGAGAAAAAGAAAUCUCGAGGCCUCGGCCGUCUCCUUGGGAAACGUGAAAAGACUCCCGAACCCCGUCCCGCAAACCUACCCGACUCUGCCUAUGUUAGCAGCGAAGGCAAUAGUGCCCAUGGCACCCAUACACCCAAUGAAAUGGUACCAGCCGAGAAGAACAGCGAGGUCGCAAACAUUGAUCAAAGCAGAAACCUUACUCUGAAGCCAUCUACUGGGGAGGUAUUUGACGAGGACACUGGCGAGGUGGUCACAGUAGUCACAACCACCACAACCACCACAACCACCACCACGACAAAAGGUGGAAAGAAACAUGAAGACGUCAAGAAGGAAGUUGUUACACAAGAAGUACAGCCAAACUCCGGAUACGAGGCUGCACGCCCUCUAUCAGAGAACGCACGAGCUCCUCUCCCCGAACCCUCACAAUCUGCUCUAAUUGAACCUGCACGACCUCCUCUACUAGAAAUGCCUGCCGGAUCCACAGGCCGGACUCAUUCACCUCAACCUGCAGCAGCGCCAACUAGCACAACCUAUCCAGCUCCGCCACCAAUCACUGGCGGUGGGUUGCCUCCAAACGGUUCUCCUCCCGUACCUGUCCGAAGUGCAAUGCGCAAAUCCCAAGAAUACCCACGAGAUUCAUACUACGAUCGGGAUCCAGUAAGUCCUGUCGACGUACCAGGCGGUUUCCACGGACCCACUGGGACAACACCUCCAGCCAGCCCCUCCAGACAAAAUUUCAGUUAUCCCAGCCGAGCUCCACCGUCGACUUCUGGAGCGGCGUCAAUUAGGACAACAGAUCAACCUCUGCGGCACAAUCCAUCCACAAUCAAAGACUUGAAGGCCGCCGCAAAGGGUAUCCAUGGCGUGGGUGAAACCUUACGAGGAACAUUAAGCUCCACUAUCGACAGACGAUUCCCGUCGAAAAAUGCAGAAAAGGCAUCGCUAAUCAACGCACGUAACAAUGACAUUCUCGCAAGAGGCCGAAGCGAGAUGGAAGGGAUUCCAGGUGGGUGGCCUUCCCAACAUGAUGAG